AGCGAGCGAGCGAGCAGGCCCCGGGCGGCGAGGAGGGCGGAUAGCCGAGGCUGGGCUGGCCGAGGAGCCCCCCUCAGGCGGGCAGCAGGAAGAGCCCCCUCCCACCCCCCCACAGGCGACGCCGACGGGCUCCCCUUGGGUCCGCCGCCCUCGGUGGCAGGAAGCAAGAAAGGCAAGUCCGGUGAGGAGGAGCUCGGGCUGUGGAGGCCGCGGGCAGCCGCCCAAGUGGGAAGCUGGACAGCGAUUUCUCCCCCUCCCCCAAUUGUUACUAUGGCAACACAGGUACUAGGGCAGUCUGGUGGCAGCAGCCUGUUUUCUGGCAAUAGUAACCUUGGCAUGGCGCUUUCAAACGAUGUGUAUGACUUUGCUGAACUUUCUAAAGCUGAGCUGGCAGCUCCUCAGCUUAUUAUGUUGGCAAAUGUUGCCCUGACAGGAGAAGUUAAUGGCAAUUGUGAUUACCUGGUUGGUGAAGAGAAGCAAAUGGCUGAACUGACAACUGUGGGCAACACCAACUUUUCAGACAGUGAUGGAGAAGAUAUGGAUGAAGAACAUGAUAUGGAGAGUGAUCCUGAAGACCUGGAAGAUAUGGAGCUGGCAGCCCUUGAAGCUCCAGUGGCUCCUCAUCCUGAAACUGCAGAAGUGACUGAAUCAUCUGUUCCUCCUGAUCCAGGCAAAGAUAUCCCACAAAAAGGGACAGAAGAUCCAGAUGCUCCAGAGACAGCAGAUGACAAAUGUAAGAGCUCGAAGAACAAGCCAUUUCGAUGUAAGCCUUGUCAAUAUGAGACUGAGUCAGAGAAGGAGUUUGUUGAUCACAUCCGGGUUCAUGGUGCCAACAGAUUCAUUGUAGAAGAAAAAGCUGAGAAGCAUGGCCAGAUUAAAGAAACUGAACCUAAUGGCACAGAAGAGGUAGAUUUCUCCAAGGGGCCCAUUAGAUGUGACCGCUGUGGCUAUAACACUAGCAGAUAUGAUCACUAUCUAGCUCACCUGAAGCACCACAACAAAGUAGGAGAAAAUGAGCGGGUCUACAAAUGCACCAUCUGCACAUAUAUGACAGUCAGUGAAUAUCAUUGGAAGAAGCAUCUAAGAAAUCAUUUUCCUCGGAAGGUAUACACAUGCUCACAGUGCUCCUACUUUUCUGACAGAAAGAACAACUAUAUUCAACAUAUUCGAACUCAUACAGGAGAACGUCCCUACCGGUGUUCCAUGUGUCCAUAUUCCAGUUCUCAGAAGACACAUUUAACCAGGCAUAUGCGUACUCAUUCAGGCGAGAAGCCGUUUAAAUGUGAACAGUGCAGCUACGUGGCAUCAAACCAGCAUGAAGUGACUCGGCAUGCCCGGCAGGUUCAUGAUGGGCCCAAACCACUGACCUGCCCCCAUUGCGAGUACAAAACAGCUGACCGAAGCAACUUUAAGAAGCAUGUUGAGCUCCAUAUCAGUCCACGGCAGUUCCUGUGCCCUGUCUGUGAGUACGCUGCGUCAAAGAAAUGUAACCUGCAGUAUCACAUUAAAUCCAGGCAUCCCGACUGCUGCGGUAUCACAAUGGAUGUCUCAAAAGUAAGACUACGGACUAAAAAAAGUGAAGUGAAGAUUUCAGAAAAUGUUGGCAGUGAUAAUAAAGGGGGACAAGAGAAAGCCAAGAAAGAGUCUAUUGAAAAGAAGAGCGAGAAAGCUGUAAAAGAAGAGAAGAAGGAGAGCCUGUCUAAAGAGAAGAAACCAACCAGCAGUGUUGGUACAGGCCAGGUAACAACCCGAAGUCGCAAAACGGUGGCUGAAAAGGAGGCUGUGAAGCCUGACAAAAUGACUGAGAAAUCUUGUAAGGCAAAGAAGCUCAAAAGAAAAGCUGAUACUUCUCCUUGGAAAAAAGAUCCUAUACACGACACUGAUGUAAUAGCGAAAAAGAAGAAGAAAACAGAGAAAAAGUCCUCCAAAUGUCAGGACUCUCAAAAGGUUGAAAGCAAAUCAGAGGCAGCCAGAAAGCAAAAUUUUAGCCAUAAGAAAAACAAGAAAAAGAAAUCUCAGAAGAGUAAAGCUGGCAAAAACAACAAAACUCAUGGUGAUAAAAACAUCCCAGAUGAGGAGCCUGUCUGUGAAGAAUUUCCUGCUACACGAGGAGAAAGUAAAACAUCUGAUGAUCCUUGCAGUGAACUGCCACUCACUGAUGCUCUAGAUAAUGGAGAGGAUCAAAGAGUUUUCAUUGAUGCUUCAAAUAAUGGAAAGGAACAGGAAAUUUUCAUCGAUGCUUCAGCUAGCAGAGAGAGCCAGGGACUUGGCCUGAGAGAAAAUCUGCAGGAUCCAGAGCCACAGCCUGCACAGUAUGUGGCCAGAAGCACGGAGUUAGAGGUGAAAGACCAAGAAAUGGCCAUGGUAGAAGAGGAGACUGCAGAAGCUUCUCAGAGUGAAGUUGAAACAGAACUACCUCUUGUUCCUGAAGCCAGCACUGUGGACCUGUCUGAUAUUGGCUCAGAAAAGGAGUCUGAUGUGCUAAAGGACACUUUACCAGAUUUGGCCCAAGAGAUUCAGACCACACAUAGCUGUGAGAUGGAAGCUAAUCCAGAUUUGGUUCAGGCAACUCAGCCAAUGCAAAUUUGUGAAACAGAGGCUGUAGCAACCCCACCUUUGGAAGAGGACAGUUCUAUAAAAGAGCUGGAGGCUGAAUCCUCAGAAGAAGCACCAUCUUCCCAGUCACUGGAAAAACCUGAGCAGAGCACUAAAACAGAUCUGGCUUCAGAGUCUCCUAGUGGUGUAACUGUGAACGAAAGUCCGGAAAUGGAAGAGGAUGAGGGCAUCCACAGUCAUGACGGCAGUGAUAUAAGUGACAACAUCUCGGAAAGAAGUGAUGAUUCUGGAUUAAAUGGGGCUCGGUCAGUGCAGGAGGAAACAAAUCAGAAACCAUCUCAAGAAGUGACAGAAGCUGAGGCUGUAAAGGAGAACUAUGUGUGUAUAUUUUGUGAUCGUUCUUUUAACAAAGAAAGUGAAUAUAGUAAGCACCUAAACCGUCAUUUGGUAAACGUGUACUAUCUUGAGAAGGCAACAAAGGGGCAAGCUUAACCAAACUCCUGUUUAACGACAGUGAUUUCUUCUUCUGUAAGAUCUUCUAGAGCUUCAGUACAGUUCUUGUAGAAUCUUUGCUUAAGCUCUGUUGGCUUAUAUAUUUUUGAAGUUUGUUGGUUGUGUUUUUCCUGACCUUUGAGGAAAUGUUGUGUUAAUGAACCAUUUGUAUCUCUUUGUGUAGAGAGGGCAAGUAAGGUAUGUAAUGCUGUGGCUUGUUAAAUCUGCGUAAUCUCCUGGAUUCUGGAAUCACUUGAGUAUUUUUUUUUUACAAAAAACUUCCAUUAGAGCUUUUCACAAGUAGUUGGUUUCAGGUGGACUUGGGAAACAGUCCACUGGGAGUGUCAUGAACAAGCCAGAAGAAACAAAUAAGAGUUUCUGAGAGUGAUGCUAUGAUCCUGUACAAUUCUGUAUACUUGUGCAGGAGAUGUUCUACAAGGACUGGACCUGUUCAGUCAUUACAUUCCUGGGAGAAAUUUCAACCUGAUCAGAGAUGUGGGCAUAUGUUGUCUCCCAUACCUGCCCAUGCUAAUGGUGAAAAGUGAACCUGAAUUACCACAUUAAUUUGUCUUUAACGUUCUCUGAUCAUCCAAGAUAGCACCCCUCCCCCCAUUUUGGCUUCAUUUGGAGACCCAUCACAGGGUGGAAGCCACUUAUGUGGUCUAAUUCUUUGCCAUAUACCCUGUGUAUAUUCGUGAGCAACAGAACCACAAAGGUAGGACCAGUUGUGUGGGUUUUUCUCAUCUACUUGGAAAUUCAUGUGGUUGCCCCUCCAUAUGUGAUUCUGGAGUUCAGAAUACUUAGCUAUGUGUGAAUUGAGUCUUUAUGCAGACAGGUAAUUAAGAAGGUACAGUAUUCAUAGAAACAAAGCACAGGCAGGUUCACCCCAUUCUUCGAGGCUCAUCCCAGGUUAAUAUGUCUCUGGACAAACACCAGGCCUUCAGAACUUGAUGAACCAAGUGUUUUAUGAACAGAAACAGGAAGUAUAUUGCUCUGAUCCUUUAAUCUAUCUUAGUUUUAGUUUAUCUUAACCUGUUGGUGUGGUGAGUGCUUAAAGAACUCGUUAGUUGAUCCGCAAAAAAAUGCGGUGACUUAUUUUGUAAAAAGGCACUUUGGGAAAAUGUUGGCUAGCAGUAAUCACUUGGUCAUAUUUUUAAGUUACGUAUACAUUUCAGGUCCCCUAAUCAUGAUCAGCAAGCCAAAAUUUUGAAGUAAUCUUUCCAUCUAGCCGAUUGGUGAAUCCAUAUUUGGUAAAUACUACUUUAACACAAAGUGAUUAUUUCCUUUUGUGCUUUAAGAGAGGAAAAUAUUGCACAUAAUUUGUCCUUAUUUUUACCUAUGCAGUUUAUGCCUUUAGAAGUUUAGUAUUUGUGUUUUAUAUGAACUCUUUUAUAUAUGCAUGUUUGAUUUUGUUAUUGGAUUUCUUUCCUUUAAUGAUGAUAUUUUGAGGUUUGUUGCUUAACAUGGCCAGUGUUCUCUGUCUUUCUUGACCACAAAUUUAAUGGUUCUCAUAUUGCUUUGUUAUAGUUAUAAAUAUUUUGGACUCUGCCACAAUAACUGUAAUUGCACACCUUUGAAGCUAAUUUCUCAGAUUACUUUUCUCUGAGAAGUUCCCCUGCGACAAGCAUCAUUGAAUGGAAUGGGAGCUACUCCAAGAGCUUGGUAGCCUCCUUGCAGAGCUCUCUGUCUCCUCAUUGGGGUUUGCACAGAGGAGCUCCAUGGUAGAUUUUGUCUGCUGAAACAUGUUGGGAUUUCCUUCCCAAAAACGGCUUGUGCAUAUUUCCUGAGCAGUUCGUCUGCUCAAGCAAUUUGUUCAGUUAAGACAAAUUAUUGCAUUGUGUAAAAUUCCAUGUAUCAGAAAAAAAACUGGUAAGCAACAAUCCUUGAAAUAUGGACGAUGUAGAAAUGCCCGUUCCUUAUUCAAUCAAGUUUUAAUUAAAUUAUCCCCGUCUGUUCAUGGCUGGCACAGAGAGAAAUAAAAAUGAUUUCAGCCACUGGGAGAGAAGUCCCAAAUAAAUUUAAUGCACAGGUCUGUUUCUAACAAGACUUGAUCUUUUUGGACUAAACAGACAGCGAGAAAUCAGCUGGUAGUUUGCAAAACUGAACAAGACUCCUCCAGUAUAUCCACUCUGUACAUCCCAAGUCUUGAUUGUCGUCCUGAAGUCUGUUGGUAUAUUACAGGUCUCUGGAGAACUGCAUGGAAGCUUCUGCAGCUAAAGGGCACAAUCCACUGGGAAGUUCUCCCAUGUAAUCCCUAACAAAAUGAACCAGAGCAGUGCCAGGAGCACAGGUUCAGUUGAUUUGAUCAAAGGUUUACCAGAUCAAAUUUGAUCAAAGGUUUAGUCAGUUGAGCCCCCAUAUGGUAAUUAAAGGUUUUAAGUCUUGUUGCAAGAAUAUUUACUCCCCCCACCCCUGAGACUGCUGAGCUUGCAUUAGUUUGAGUUGUAUUUAGAUUCUUCCCGCCCUUUUGCUGACAUCAAUUUUUUUGGUACAUUUCAACAUAACUUGACUGAAUAGAGGAACCUGUUACUUCUGUGUGUGUUUUGGGGGGAGGGUGUUUGUAUUGGGAGGCCAAAGAUCUGAGGGAGAAGAAUCCCUUUAGGGCAGAAUAAAUUGUAUAACAUUAGAUAUUUGUGUGAAUAGCUUAUGUUCCAUACUUACUUGGCUGCGACAAUCAUUGUCAACUGAGAAUCAAGUUGCAACUAUAUUUAUGUUGAACCAUUAAACACUGCUGAAAUGUCUUCCUAACCAGAUAGUUAGAAUAGUUGUAGACAGCUUUAUUGUUGGUUGUAAAAUAUUUUGAUGUUUUGUAAGAGGUUUGAACAGUGGCUGGAAACUCCAGAACUGUGUAGAGGUUUUCAGGAUCUCUUCCUAUUUUAAAGAGAUGUUACCAUUUUGUAAAAGCCUUCGUGGCCCUGAGCUGCAUUUUAAAUGACUCUUUUUUAACCAAAUUGGUUGAAAAGAUGAAGGCAAAUAUGUGGCUAUAGUGUUAAUGACAUUAGUGGAUUUGACAUUGCAUGAGAAUUCUAUUAAUGUUUAAAGCACAUUUUUAGUAUACGAUCAAGACUCAAGAUUUCACCCUCGGAGAAAUGGUAGCAGCCAGUGCCUCUGUUAGGUGGUAUUUUCAAGCACAAGAGUGCAGGCAAGUGUUAUGCAACAAAUCUUCACAUGAGGCAAUGGCUGUGUCCCAAGGUACAUUGGAUGUUGUGACUGACUUCUUUUCUGUUUAGAAAAGACUGAGCCCAGUGUGUCCACUGGGCAAUCUUUAAGAUGUACCAAUAAAAGGUGGGAAUGUAAUUCUUGACUUAAUGUUAGGCAAAGCUAAGUUGGGGGUAAGUGAAAUUAGUGUGAAAAUGUAGAUAACUUACUGUGUUUCUGCCUAAAGUAGAUACUUCUAAAAAUGAGGAUUUGGGUUGUUGCAGGAAUUUUGGGUGCCAACUUUCCAGCUUCUUCUGUAUUCAAGGGCUUCUUUCUGCAGCAGUGCUUGUCACGCCAUCCUUGACGCAUACUUUCGUGUCUUGUGUUGUGUAUACCGUGUUGGGCAGUGUGGCUGAGUGGAACUUUAGUGUUUGUAUAAGUAAGUACUUAUACACGAGUGCCACAAGUGACCUGAAAAAUAACUAGGAACUUGCAACACAUCUUUACAUUGCUGCUAUUUGGGGCUUGAUUGACCCGAGGGCUGGAACUUUAAAAUCUUUUUUUUUUUAAUAGAACAAACUGACAGGUCAGUUAAUACUCAUGAUGCUGUUGAUUUCAAUGUUAAUUUUUUGCUGAAAAAUUGUAAACGGAGGUUCAGAUAAAUUUAUUGCAUCUUGGUUGUAUUGCUAACAAGCUGAGAUACGAUAUUAAUUGCAUCCAGGUAGUUUAAGAAAAUGGUUUCCUUCACACAUGUGUAUAUACUUUCCCCCCUCUCCUUUAAAAAGAAAACCACACUAGCUAAUGAACAUUUGCAAGCUGGCACUGAAUUGUUUUUAUGUUGGGUUGCACCGUGUUUGAAGCUUUUUACAGUGCAAUACUUGUAUUAUUUUCUCAAUUUAAACCAAAGGUAAUUUUUUCAUGCUUUCUAUCUACUGUAGUGCAUGAAGAGCUUUUAUACAUUUGUAAUAGAUGUAAAAUCAGAGCAGAUCACAUCCUGGUUUUUUUUUUACCUAAACUAUAUACAAGCCUUUGUCCAAAAUGUAAGGUUAAACUAAAUUGCAUAUUAACCCUUGAGUGUAUUUUCCUAAGCAUAGUUAUAAGUCAAUAAACUUUAUUAAGGAA